AUGGAUAUAAUGAUUACAUUUCUUCCACCCAUUAUAUGGGUUAGCAGCUUUUAUGACAGCAGCGUUUGGCCUAGUUUCAACAGUAAUCCUAGGCUAGUAGGUGACAUAAAUGGUGACGGCGCAGCUGAUAUAGUUGGCUUUUCAGAUAACGGGAUUAAAGUUUCAUAUUCCACAGGUGGUAAUUUCACCGCCCCAACUAAUUCACUUGGUGCUUUCUGUAAGAACGUUGGAGGUUGGACAUCUCAAGAUUUAUAUCCCAGACUUUUAGGAGAUGUAAAUGGUGAUAAAAUAGCUGAUAUAGUCGGUUUCGGCUAUGACGCUGUUUAUGUCUCUAUUUCUGAUGCUUAUAGAAUAAAUGACGCUACUCGCUGGAUAUAUGAUUUUUCCUACUCUAACGGAGGCUGGACUAGUUUUGACAGAUAUCCAAGAGCUUUAGGAGAUUUCAAUGGAGAUGGAAAAGAUGACAUCAUUGGAUUUGGCUAUGAUUCCGUUUAUGUAUCAUUAUCGAAUGGGAAUCAAUUUUUAACCAGAACAAUUGCUUCUAGCGAGUUUACAGUGUUAGCAGGGUGGACAACUUAUGAUCAAACUCCCAGAAUGGUUGCUGAUGUAAAUGGUGACGGAAAAGCUGACAUUGUAGGCUUUAAUUCUCAAGGAACUUGGGUCGCAUUAUCAAAUGGAGUUACUUUUGACAAAGCUACGCUUUGGUCGACGUCUUUUGGAUGGGAAAGCUUUAAUCAAAACCCAAGAAUUGUAAAAGACCUCAAUGGAGAUAAAAAAGCAGACAUCAUAGGAUUUGGAGAUAGUUCAACUGGUUAUUCACUCUCUAAUGGGAGUGGAUUUGAUAAUCCUGAAUGACUGAUGUACUAUUUUGGGAGAAAUAGCCAGGUUGAAGGCUUCGAUACUUUUGAUUCGAAGCCAAGAUUUAUGGCAGAUGCUAAUAGAGAUGGAUACAAUGAUAUUAUAGGAUUUGGAGGGGAAGGAGUUCGUGUAGCUGUUAUCUUUCCUAAUUAUAACCCUAAUUUGCUUGAGGUAGGAGAAAAAAGUUUUAGGGACAGCGCAAAAGAUGCUCAGAAAAUGAUUAAAGAAAGCAGUUAUGCUGGAAUUUUUGAGUAUUUAGCUUUCUUUGUGCUUCUUGGGAUCGGAGUUACAACUUUCUUGAUUAUAGUUGGAGCUAAAAAAGAAAAGAACGCUCAUAUAUCAGGAGCAAGAAAUGAGUAUGUCAGGCUUUAA